AUGGAUGAGCCGAGUGUUACCGCAGAAGACCAGGCCCAGCUGAACACGUUCAGCCGGCUAAGUGAGACUUUAAGCAUCUAUGAACCGCGACUUGCUGAGGCACAGCGCGAGGCAACCGCAGAUGCCCUUUCCGAGGCCGAAGUCUUUGCAGAGCUUGAGGAGCCAUCGCACAUUCGCAUCAAGAUUGGUGAUGGCUUUGCGUACUUACCGCCGGGAGAGGCAUUGGCCAUGCUUUCUGAGCGGCUUAACGACCAUUCUAGCAAAUGCGACGAGCUACGGCGAUACCACAGCGCGCUCGCUAGCGAGGCUUCGGCUCUUAAAACACUGCUGUAUGCCAAGUUCCGUGGCGCCAUUAACCUGGAGCGCUAA